AUGUCGUUGGUGUUAGCAAGCGUUGGUCAGUUUUGGAAGCGCGCGAUGGGAUUCGUGCUCGGCCGGUGGCGUAUAAACCCACCGUACUUUUUAUCGGACAUUUAUACGGUUUUGCUAGUUGCUUCGUCUUGUCUGAAACACAUCCCCAUCUCCAACAAACUCCGAUUGGUCUUUGAUCCUCGAAGAAUAGGACUUCCGUUAAAAUAUACUAGAUCAAUAAAGAGGGAGGUCCGAAGACCCCACCCACACUAUCCUGAAAUCAGGCACAUGCGCCGAUUGCUCGUGAAGCUUGUCCAGGCCCUAAGCGACGGCCUCAGGCUUCAGAGCGAUUCACGAGUUACAGUUAAUUUUGUUGAUAUAAGAAGAGUUCUUACAGGACGAUGUGAAAGUGUUGUGGAACCAAGAUAUGGAAAGAAGGAAAGCCAUGGUUGUGUUGAUACGCUUGGGAAACUUUGGGAUAUGAAAUGUGAUACUGAGCAUUUAGAAGGACUGAAUUGGGAUUUGACGGUGUUUGAGUCGGAAGAACCCAACAUGUACUAUGUUGGUAAUGGAAAGAUUGUUAUUCAUACUGAGAUAGUGAAUAGCUGUACGGAAGAGGAAUUGGUUGCAUUUCUAGCACAUGAGGUUGGGCAUGGAGUGGCUAUGCAUCCUGAAGGGCACCCCUUUUUGCUUCUGUUGGCCUUAAUUGGCCUAAUCCCUUGUACUUCAGGCUUCUGGUGUUGUGCAAUAUUUGUGCGUUUAUGCGACUUGCUGCUUUACUCUUGCAGAAGGAUGGAACUCGAAGCACAUUACAUUGGUCUAAUGUUGAUGGCCGCAGCUGGAUACGAUCCAAGACUUGUUCCGCACGUUCUCCAAAAAUUAUACCACUACGAUGAUGAUAAAUAUUACCUGGACACAACUCAUCCUUGUGUAGGGCGAAUAGUCGAGAUGGUUAGCCAAGAUACGGUGAUGAAUAGAGCACUCAAAAUAUACAAGCAAGUUCAGGCUGGUCACGAGAUUCCGAGUGGGCAUGGAGUGGCUAUGCAUCCUGAAAGGCACCCAUUUUUGCCUCUGUUGGCCUUAAUUGACCUAAUCCCUUGUACUUCAGGCUUCUGGUGUUGUGCAAUAUUUGUGCGUUUAUGCGACUUUCUGCUUUACUCCUACAGAAGUUUGGCGAAUACUAAUUGUGAUCCACCGUAUCCCGUCAUUCUUUUCAACUCACACAACAAACAUAUUCUUUCAUGGGAGAAUAGCCACCGUAUCCCGUAUUCCCGCACCGGCCGGAACCGCGGCUUUGGCUCAUCAUUGAGACACCAUUCGAUGGCAAAUAGGUUUGAUCCAUUCGUUGUUACAAUUACGGAUACAAACAGUCCGAACUUGGCCAUUCCGAUGAGUUUUUGGAGGGAUCAUAUCGAACACCAAGUUAAUGAUACUACGAGAGCAAUCUUAUUGUGUAAAGGAGGUCGAUACAAUGUUCCAAUAAUCAAAGCGCAUGGGAAGGCGUUGAUGGAACACGGUGAUGCGCGUGAAUUUAUGGACGAAAGUGGAAUCGUGGAGGGCAUCACAUGCGUAUUCACCUUAAUUGGAUAUGAGUGUAUUGUUUUCAAGGUACGGUUACUGGAUGGUUCCACUAUUUAAUCGUGCGAAAGUAUUUGGCGUACGAACACCGGCUUUCAUGUUUGGACUAAUUUUAUGUGUUUGAAUUCGUAAUUGGACCAAU